AUCACACAGCAAAUCGCCGCCCUACUCUAUUGAAACGUCCAGCUGUAAGUAACUGCGUGAUGAAAACUAGUAUCGGCUUUUAAGCAACAAGUGACAAACUUUUUUAAAGCGGAACAAUCGUGAGGAAGUUGCGCUGACGUGGGAUUGUGGAUGAAAUCUGGCGGGCCUGUGCGGGAUCGAUUCUGUUCGCUAUGGGGAUCACUACACCUAAUGCGUUGGCGGAUCAUGCUGUGUGUCAGUGUCCCGUUAUCCGGUCUGUAGGACCAGUCUGAAAAAGAGGCAGCACCCAGUGGCUUCCCUGAGAAAAUAUUUCAUCGAUUACUGGAAGUUAAAAAAAAACAGGAUUUCAUUGUUUUGUUUUUUAUUACAUUUUAUUUGGAUAUGUCGGAGAUUGUUGGAUAGACUAUGAAUUCUUCAGGAUGGGAGCGAACAAUGGGAAACAGUAUGGAAGCGACGGCAAAGGCAGUUCAAGCAUCUCCUCCGACGUGAGUUCAAGUACGGAUCACACGCCGACCAAAGCUCGAAAGAAUGCAGCUACCAGUGAAGAUUCUGACUUGAGCAUGCGGACAUUAAGCACGCCCAGCCCUGCACUGAUAUGUCCACCCAGCUCACAGACCUUCAUAAAUGGAAAGGGCUCCUCAACAUCUUCAUCUUCCAUCACUGGUGAGACAGUGGCUAUGGUCCAUGCACCACCCAGCACCUGCCUGCCCCGUCCUCACAUCCGGCCAGCAUCUAGACUGCAGAAGGAGCAUGCCCCUAUUGACAUCCUUCCGGACCCUGCGUUUCUGCAGAUUUUCUCUCAUUUGCCUACAAAUCAGCUUUGCCGCUGUGCCCGAGUGUGUCGCCGUUGGUAUAACCUGGCUUGGGACCCCAGGCUUUGGAGAACUAUCCGUUUAACAGGAGACACCAUUCAUGUUGACCGAGCCUUAAGGGUGCUAACUCGAAGACUGUGUCAGGAUACUCCUAACGUGUGCCUUAUGUUGGAAACUGUCAUUGUUAGUGGCUGCCGGCGGCUCACAGAUAGAGGACUCUACACCAUUGCAGAGUGUUGCCCUGAACUGAGAAGGUUGGAGGCUUCAGGUUGCUACAACAUAUCGAACGAAGCUGUUUUUGAUAUUGUAUCAAGGUGCCCUAACCUGGAAUAUCUGGAUGUCUCAGGUUGCUCCAAGGUGACAUGCAUCAGUUUGACUAGAGAAGCCACAAUCAAGCUCUCCCCAAUGCAUGGCAAGCAAAUCUCCAUCCGCUACCUUGACAUGACUGACUGUUUUGUCUUGGAGGAUGAAGGACUCCACACAAUUGCUGCCCACUGUACGCAGCUCACUCACCUCUAUCUUCGCCGCUGUGUGCGCAUCACAGAUGAAGGCCUGCGCUAUUUGGUCAUCUAUUGCACCUCAGUGAAGGAACUAAGCGUUAGUGACUGCCGUUUCAUAAGUGACUUUGGCUUGCGGGAGAUUGCUAAAUUGGAGUCACGGCUGAGAUACCUCAGCAUUGCCCACUGCAGUCGUAUCACCGAUGUAGGUAUUCGGUAUAUAGCCAAAUACUGCAGCAAACUGCGAUACCUGAAUGCCAGGGGCUGUGAAGGCAUCACGGACCAUGGUCUUGAGUACCUUGCCAAAAACUGUGGUAAGCUCAAAUCUUUGGAUAUCGGCAAAUGCCCUCUGGUCUCUGAUGCUGGCCUGGAGUUCUUGGCCUUGAACUGCUUUAACCUAAAACGACUAAGUCUCAAAUCAUGUGAGAGCAUUACAGGCAGAGGUUUGCAGAUUGUAGCUGCCAACUGCUUCGAUCUACAGAUGUUGAACAUCCAGGACUGUGAUAUCACAGUGGAGGCUCUUCGCUUUGUGAAACGCCACUGUAAACGGUGUGUGAUUGAACACACUAAUCCAGCCUUUUUCUAACUGUAACAUCCCCCAUUUCAUAUUUACAGAGUCAUGAUUGUCUGCAAAAUGGGAUGAAGGCAUGGCACUAAUCAAGCAAACUAGGCUGUGGGAGCAUGGGGAACAUUCAAAUAAUCAAAGGGUAACAAUGGGAAUACUGCAAUCAUGUAUUUGUCUUUUUUAUUUUUAUUUGCCUGUCAUUCAUUCUGUACUUUUUUAUAGCAUUAAGGCAUUUGCCUCUUAACUUCCCUUGUGAUUUUUUUUUCUUCAUCUGCGUGCAUGGUACAUUAAUAAAAAUUAUCAGAAUUAUUUCCCCUUGAUAAAAGUUCAAAGCAAUUCUGGUAUCUAGACACCAGGACUAUAGAAAAUCCUGCAGCAUAAGGUCCUUCAUGCGCAAAUUAUUUGGUUAAUUAAUGUGCUUUAAUUUCUUGAGUUCAAAUAAAAGUUGUUUAUUAACAAUUUGUAUGAGCAUUUUCCUGUAAACGUUCUACAAAGUAUUAGUGUUUUGAAUAGCUGGUUAACAGUGAACAAUAUCCAUUGCUCUUCUCUAAACUUCAGCUUUCUCACAUAAAUUCAAUAUUUGUGUUCUAACACAUAUUAGAAAUUUGUGCUUUCAGUAAUUUAAGUAAUCAGCAUGGACUUCAAAGUUAAAGUUUGCAGAGCAUCAUCUAUUUUUUAUACAUGUAGUAAUAAAAUGCAUUUCAUUUUUCAUUUAAGCAGAUGAAGCAUUACUGCAUUUUAUUACUACAAAUGUUUGUGAUGCACCAUGUGUUGGAAUGAUAGAGAUGUGGUGGUUUGUUACUACAUGCAUCACAAAUUGUAUCCCAAUAGAUGAAGCUCUACUGAGGUCUACAUUGAUUACAUAGACUUCAACUCAAGAUAUCUAGUCAUUCAAAAAGCUGUAGUCCCAAAAGCAGAGACAUAGCAACUGGAUGAAAACACAGAUACACAGACACAUGGACAUUUGUCUUUUUAUCAGGGUGGAUUAGUUAACAAUUGGAUACCUUAAAAACCUACAUAUGACACAAACCACCCUCUUGAGAUUAAUCAAAAGUGGAUGCCAUUCUAAAAUGUAGCUUCUCAGGCUUUAUUUAUAUUCAAGGACAGGUAAUAUGUUUUUAACAGCUGACAACUCUUAUUGCCAUUCGGUAAACAUAAGCAUAUGACAAAAGUACAUUUUAAUAAGAUCAAUCAAUUAUUGGAUCCCCAUACUAAAAGUUUUGUUUACUGGCUUUGUGGAUGGUCACAAUAUUUAGUGAGAAAUGUAUUUCCAUUUUGUCUAUGUCAACAUGUCAGAUGAAUUUGUUCUUAUUUGUGAAUUUAAUUAUUGGACAUCCACGCUAGAAUUCUGUUUUCCAAUCAAGCAUUUUUAUAGAUUGGCUAACACUGACAUUUAUUGCUGUUCAGUGCAUUCAUUUUUAAGAGAUUAAUGAAUUAAAUGACACAAACAGUUUUUUUCAAAUCUGCAUAUCUUGAAGGACUGUUAAUAUAUUAGUGCAAAGUGGAAAUUGCAUUUAAUGUAACAUGAAGGGCAAGUGAAGCAAGAGCCUGGUUUAGUGUAAGAGGCACCCUUCCAAACAGAAGCAUGCACUGGGUUAGUUGCUAGAUCAGCUUGCUGAAUCACCAUACAUAAUUUUGUUUUCCUGUUUUUGUUUAUUCUUUAAGGAGGUUAUCAUAUUUAUUGAUCACUUAAUACUGGGCAGUGCAUAUUUCAGUCAUGUGGAAGACAGUAAGAAUUUAAUUCAUUGGUAGACACACAUACAAAAAUUGCUUCUCCACCUUUGAUUGGUUAACACUUGUAUAACAUUUUCUGCUGUUCAGUAAAUUUCAAACUGUCAUUCUCAUUAGAUGAAUGAAUUACUGGAUUCCAUACUAAAAUGUGCUUUUCUAGCUCUGUAUAUUUUUCAGGAGUGUUAGCAUUUUAAAUGAUUAGCUAACAUUGGACAGUUCUUAUUGUCAACACGGGACAAAAAUACAUUAUUAUGAAUUGAAAUCAUUUUGCUUUACUGGCUUAAAAUGUCUAUCAAAAGUAUCUUGAUCAAUUAUUAGUGUUUCUUUACACUAUAUAUUUAAUUUUUGGUUUUGAAUUUCUUUCAGGAUUGUUAACAUAUUUAUUAAUCAUUUAAUACAGGAGAGUACUUUUUGCUGCUCCAAACAUGUCAACGUGAGACUUCAGUUUAUUACGAUGAGAUUAAUUACUUUGUGGUUCCCAUAGUAUCAUUUGUAGCUUGUAACUCAACAUAUUUUAAGGAAUGACAGAAUUUUAGUGAUCAGCUGACACUGGUCAACUCUAUAAUGGACAUCCCGAACUUUGAAACUUGCUCUUCAGUAAUAAUUCUUUAUUCAGAACAUAUAUGAGUACCAAAUAUUUAUUGGUUAACAGUGGACAGCACGUAUUUACCAUUCUUUAGUAUGUGACAGAAAUUCUGUUUCAAGGGAAAUGUAAUUGUAGUGGACUACAAUAUUGCACUUCUGACUCUACUUAUUCUGUAACGAUUGCCAUCAUUUAUAAUGAACAGUUUACAUCAAAUCUGUGCUUGGUGUUCACACGACUGAGGUCUCAGAUAACAAAUGACUGUUUGGACUGCUAGUAUGUUUAAUGAUUGGCUAGCAUUUAGUACCAUCAGGUGUAUUUUAGUAUGUGACAUAAAAUCAUUCUAAAACAGAAGGGUUAAGCAGUGGACCACCAUACUAGGAGUCUUGUCUUCCAGUUCGGUGUAUUGUGUAAAUCUGUUAGCAUUCCACGCAGUGCAUAGUGACCUCUAUAUUAUAAUACUUUAAUUUCAUGCUGACAAUUGAUUUGAAUUGGCUUGACUCAACAAGGUAAAACAUUUAGUAUAGCAGUAAAAAAUCAGCAACUCUAAUCCAUACUAUGCAAUGCAUCCUCCAUUUUGUUGAUGCUACAUUUAAAAGUGUUUUAUUUUUUCUUUUAAAAGUUCCAACAGUAAUCUAGAUGGACCAGGUUAUUGGAUUUUCAAGGUAAACAGCACAAAAAAUUUAAGCAUUAUUUGAACAAAAUGAUGUAUUUUGUCUGAUGAACCAAACUGUAUUGUAAAAAUCAGUAAUAUCUUCAGGUAGACUAAUAACAUACUGUAUUGUAUCAAAGCAAUAAUCUCUCAUAGUAAAUCAGUAUAAAUGCCUACCCCUCUGUUAAGUCAAGGAAGUCACAUUACUAAAGUGGUAAUAUUAUAAUGCAAUGGAAAUGCAGGUGAGAGGAAAAUCUACUUUAGCAGUCCGUAUCUACUCAGCUUAAUUUUGUAAAGUGCAUUUCGCAAUGUGAAGGGUGUUUCUUUCAUGGGCUCUCCACGUCUUGGCUUUAGAAUUGUUACAUUUUUGUGUCAAUCAAGAUCAAAUCAACCUAAAUGCCAGUAUGAUAUACAAUGCAUUCUGGGAUAUGUCUAUAUAAUGGUAAUGCAAAUAAUUAAAAAUAAACAAACCAUUGUUUGGGGAUUUAAAAGAAAA